CACGACAUACGUUUGCCGCCACGCGACCGGUCCGCACGUAGUCCAGAAUAUACGCACUCUCAACUUGCUCUUACUUUUGCGUCUAAGUUCAAGUCCAUCCACUAUCCUAGUAAUUUUAAUCAGCGUUCAUAAUUAUUACCACCAUAUCCAAGUGCCUCGGACGUGCUUUCAUUUUUUAAAAAUUUUAAAAAAUACAUAUCAACUAUUUGUGACCGUUCCCAUACGUGUUAAGUGUGAACUGAAGUGUUGAUUAAUUUUAUUGGUCAAGAAAAAAUAUAAAAUGUGGCGUGUAGUGGUAGCAAGAUCAGAUGACAACAGCACUCUGCUGUCAUCAGAAAUAUCAACGAGCACAGUGGGACCGGGUCAUCAUCUGUCAAGUAUACCUGGACCACCAGCAGGUCAUCAUUAUUAUCCGACUUAUCCACCACCACCUCCCCCACCGCCACCUCAUCACGCGUAUCAACCUCAGCAUGACAUGCGCCAUGAUAUGAGACCUGAUCCUCAUCUCAGACCUGAGCUAAGACACCAAGAGAUGCUGAGACCUGAUUUACAUCAUCGGCAGGAUAUGAGGAAUGACAGUAUGAGACAAGACAUGAGAAAUGACAGCAUGAGACAGGACAUGAGACACGAUUUGAAUGUUCAGGGCCACCAUGGAGACUUAAAUGCUGGUGGAAUGAGACAACAGAGCCAACAUGAUUUAACUGAGCUGAGACCUAGUCACGAAUUGCCGGAACUUAAAAUUGACGGACCGGAAUUGAGGAGUCGGAGUGAUUCCCAGCAGCAACAACAGCAGCAAGGGCAUCAGCAGAGAAAUUUAAAGAGGACUAUGAGUGACUCUGAUUGUGAUGACGUUUUUUCAGAAGAAAGUGGCAAAGAACCUUGCAAUUCACCUGGUGGUGAUUCUUGUCAGCACACAUCCCGCAAGCGUAGACGUGGAAUGAUUGAAAAGAAGCGACGUGAUAGAAUAAAUGCAUCUCUUGGUGAAUUACGGCGUUUAGUACCAGCGGCCGCGCGUGAUCCACACUCGGGAAAACUCGAGAAAGCCGAAAUACUACAGCUAACUGUUGAACAUCUGAGGACCUUGAGAAAUAAAGGUCCAGAGGGUUAUGACACAACAAAAUUGGCGAUGGAUUACCACGCAGUGGGGUGGGGCGAGUGCGCCGCUGAAGUUGGACGUUAUCUGGUGACAAUGGAAGGCCUUGAUGAACGUGAUCCUCUGAGAUUACGUUUGCUGUCUCAUCUGCAGAGUUUUCAUCGUGAGCACCCGCCUAGUAAUACAUCAUCGAUUCCACCUACUGGUUCAAUCACCGCGACGUCAACCGGAUCUGUUAAUUAUGAAGGAAUGACUGGGGGUAAUGGAAUGCCGCCAGGUACUGGAGUACCUCCGCUCAUUGGAGGGGGUGCGAUCGGCUGGGGACAAUAUCCUGGUCAGUAUCCCCAGCAGCAGCACGGAAAACCUUAUCGACCUUGGGGUGCUGAGUUGGCUUACUAAUAACAAUAAUCAUAAUAAUUAUUAUUAUUGUUGCUGUUACAUGAAAAAAUUUGAGGAGAGAAAGCCAGUGAAUAAACAGCGGAUGGUUUAUUUAUUUAAUCCUCUUUAAAAUUUACUCCAUUCGGAUUUUAAUAAAAUCCAGAUCACUCUGAAAUUACUCCGCUGAUAAAACUCCGAAACUCUCAGUAACGGAGUGAAUUUGAAUUCAAAUAAAAUUCGAAUUUCCCUCAAAUUUUUUUCAGUGCGUCUUCGUACAAAAUCUGCUACCAAUAGCACGUGUAUAUAUUUAAUUAUUUUUUAAGAGUGAUAAUAAUUUUUUAGUCAUAACUUGUACCUAAGUGUGGAGAUUUUUUAUUUUAUUUUAAUUUAAUUAUUAUUAGUAUUAUCUAUAAUUUAUUGUCAGUAAUGAGACUCUUGUACAGUGUAAUUAAUUAUAAUUUUUUUUGUAAAUAUUUAUGUGAGUCUCCGGAUUAAUUUUAAAUAAAUUAUAUAAAUAUAAAUAUAUUUAUAGAGAAUA